AUGGGGGAUCCAAGUGAAUCUGAACUGGCAUCCAUUGCUACCCUAGGUGAUGCUGCUAAUCGCGUCGGCCUUUCGGGCACAGAUGACGACCUGCAGACGCGUAGAGGUUCAUUCUUCACUCAGCUCGGCGUCAACUCCGCAACCAAUGUUAGCACAACAGCAUCACCUAGCCCUAAAGCCACUUCGUCUGCAGCAUCGCGGAAAAUCAAGUUGAACCAGGUUGUUUCCCAAGUGGACGAGACAGAGAUUGAGCCACUCAGCGAAGCCGAUCUCCUCAUCAUGUUUGCUCGGUAUGAGGCUUUGUUCGGAAAGGGCCAGCGGCCCCCGAACAACCGCGAGCCUACCUCUGAACAGUUGGCGGCCCUCAGAUCAUUGAUUGCAUCAAACCAGGUGCCUUACGCAGAUUUCGCAAUUUUCAGCUCGUACGGCACAAGGAUUCAGAAGAAGUUGCGAUUUCAAGGGCUUGCCCUGAGCCGAAGCGGAGAGUUGGUGCAGACCGAGAUGUACGGGCCUUCGUCGCUUUCCUCCUGGAAGGUCUCAUACGGUGUGUACCUCAACGCUAUGAUCAUGCUAGACGCUGCUGAUUUGGGACCGCUCCUUCAGUACCGAGCGCGCAUCGAGAGGAUGCACGAGAGGUAUGGCGAGCGGACUUGGGCACUGCUCUACCAGGCAGACGUCCGCGCGAGGCUCGAGGAACUACCCCGUGUCAGACUGGAGCUGAAGUUGGCGCACAACGCGGCAAUUUCGGCAGCGGGCACAACACCGUACGAUGAUGCCCGUCCCUGGAACGAAGCCCUUCGUGUUUUGGCUGAUCGGGACAAGUUUUGGACCGAAGAGUUCAUGGAACCUGCCAUCCUGAUUGCUGCCGACAAGACCACAGUGAGGAUGGCGAUUGACAAUGACGCCGUGAUCGACAGAGCCACGCCAGUUAGUGCCGCAGAGGGACAACGCCAGAACCAGCUCAGUGGCGACGAAGGCAUGUUUAAAGCCAGGCCUCGCAACAUCAAUCGGACGGGUCGUUACCACGAGAUUGCCGAAGGCAAGUACGUCCUCAAUCGCACAGGAUACAAGCUCUGUGGUGCAUUCCAGGAAGGCAAGUGCACAGAAACCGUGCAAGGCACCUGGUGUGGCAAGACGCCUGACUUGGCGCAUCAGUGUGCGCGGUGCCUGGGCGCACAUGGCAUGUGGAAGUGUCCGCAUGCAGACAUGCCACGGGUUGGAUGGGCCGAGAAGAAAGGCAAGGGCAAGGACAAAGGCGACAAAGGAAAGGGCAAGGGCAAGAGACCUAGGUCCAUUCCGUACUGA